AACGACAGAAGUAGCAUCAAAACUUCUUCAAAAUCGAUCUAUUUUCAAACUAAGUGAUAAAAAGUUAAAAGUUCGUCGAUACGAAUUAAUUUACAAGAUUCAACAAAAAUGCUUUCAACUGAAGACGAAUGGACAACUGAAGAAGAAAUUCAGUUGUUUUUGGCGCUUCAUGGUCUUCGUCCUGUAGGAAUAAACAAACAUUUUUUCAUGGUUUGCAUUGUUGAUCGACUAAGCAAAACAUUAAACAGAAAGAUAAGCAGUGAUCAAAUAUGGAAGCAUCUAAAGACAAUGUACAAUUUGAAAGCACUUGAUGACCUCGAACCAUUACCAUUUCCAAAUGAAGAAACAAAUUUUAACCUUCCUCCUGAGCUACAAAAUAAGUUGAAACGAGCAGAAUCUGAGGACGGUGAAGGAUCCUCUAAAGAUUCUGAUUCUCGUCGCGCUACUCCCAAACCAGUAGCUUUAAAGAACUCACAAACAAACAUCGAGAGAAAGUCUUUAAAGUCUGAGUCAAAUGAAGGACGAAUUCAACCAAAGCGAACGCGUGGAAGUUUAUCAGCUGAGUCAGGAUCGCCAGCUUCUACUCCACCACCAACAACAAAACGACGAAGAAUCUAAAAAUAAUAAAGUCAAAUUGGUAAAAGAUGCGCUCAAAAAUACCAAAGCUUAAAUAUUUUAGAAGUUGUAAGAAUUCGGGAUCAUCAUUAGCAUUGACUCAAAGUGAAAAAAGUGAUGAGCAGUUUGGAUCGUAAGAGUCUUAGAUACAGAAUAAAUAAUUACAGGAAAUUCAGUCCUUUUGAUAUAGCAUAAAAGAGCGCUUUGGCCGUUAUUUUCCUAGUAAUUUAGCAUCCCCGAUGUUCAUUGCUUAAUGGCGAAGUAAAAGAAAGUAGGAAAGAUAAAUUAUCACUUUUAAUUUUAUCUACAAACGAUGAUGGGUUGGAUGGGAAAUUUGUUGCAAAAUUCUUUCGUCUCAAAACCAAAUUUGAAUUACUCGUUUAUGAAAUUAUCGAGACAGAAGAGUAACAGAAAGAAAAUCCUAUCCAAACCAACAUCCUACUAAUAAUAUCAAAUUUUCAAGGUUCGCCUAAGUUGUUUAAAAAGCAACAAAUCAAGUGUUUUCAUUCCACUCCUCUAUUUGUAACAAAAUGGAUAAAAAACUAGUUUGUGAAUCGUCAAAAAAGAAACAGGAAUGAAAGGUCGCUUUUAUAAUUCAAUUUCUUUAAUUAUAUAUACUCUACAACAAGUACAUUUGCACGACAAAUUUAUUUAAUAAAAAUUCUUACAUUUAUAAAAAAAAAGGUUCACAUCAAGAAAAAAAAUCAUUAAAGAGAAAAGUUUCACUUCAUGCCCAUUAGCCUAUUUCAAUCAAACAGAAUAUUUAAACAAGUGAAAUGCUUAUUUCAUCAACACCCAUGUUUAUCUUGUUUCUAUUGAGUUGCCAUCUCGAAAAUUAGAAAAGAAAGAAUAUGAAAUCGAAUAAUGUAAUUAAAAUAAAUGUAAAAUUUACUUCUUUAUUUGAAUCAAACUUCUUACUCAACUUUUCCAUAAUUCAUGGAGAAAGAAGCUUCAAAAAUUAAUGCGUGGGUGUAUGAAUGGAUAAAUUGAUAAAAAAACAGAGGGAAAUGUGGUAAAGAUGCAUUAUAAAUAUAUUUAUGUUAUACAUCAUUAUAUUUCUUCUUUAGAUAAAUAAAAUGAUUCUUUCGAACG